AUGUCAGACCCCCCCAACAACACCCAAACCACGUUUAGUGGCGGCGACCCUCCUGCCGACAAUAAUUAUACCGACAAUAAUAAUGAACAGACUAAUAUUAAUGAUAUGCAAAAAAUUAUUGCUGUUGAACUGAAGGAGAAAGAAAGUUCUCAUUCCAGAGGACCUCAUUCUCAUGAAGCUCAUCACAUCAAACCCUCGACAAAAAUCCAAAAAAAUAAUGAAAAACCAGACUCCCAUAAAAAAAUUGAAACUAUCCACAAAAAGCUUGAAUCGAAUGAUAAGCAUAAUGCUUCUUCAAACCACGAAACCCCCGUUGAAACCCCUAUUGUGAAUGUUGGUCCAACCUUGAACCCUACCUUUGACUCUUCACCAGAUGGUGGUGAUGUGGAAAUUGACGCAACACCAUCACGUGACAUGGAUGUUCUCAUGCCGGAUGCAAAUCCAUUUGGUGAUAAUUCUGAAGCCUGGGAAUACAUCUUAAAACUUAAGGAUGUAUUUCUGGUUGAAUUGUCUAUUGUUAAAGAAGACUUGAGUAUUACAAUUGAAGAUUGGGAAAUAAAAUUUCAAAAUCUUGAACUUAAAAACAAUGAGUUAGCUAAACAACUCAUUGCUUUGACCGAAAAGCUUAAGGCUUCAGAAGGACAAGUGAAUUCUCUUCGCUCAGAACUUGAUGUUUUGAGAAACAAUCAGGUUCACACAGAAGUUAAACAUGUAAUGUUUGAAAAACUUAAAAAGGAAGUUAAGGAUAAUAAGGAUCAUUGCGAUAAAGUGAAACAUAAAGCUGAUGAAAUAGCUAAGAUGACUCUUCAAGAUUUGUCUCAAGAAAAAGCAAGAAACAAAAGAAUUAUCGACACUGAAAUCAAGGAAUUCAAAGAAAUGACCAACAAUCUUGAGAAAAGAGUUGAUAAUAUGGAAUACAAAGUUGGAACUAUUUCAACUAAGGCUGAUUUAACUACCAAAGAACUUAGCUACGCAAAAAAGGAAAUCAAGAGCGCGCCGGUGGCUCAGGAAAUAGGCUAUACUGUCAAAGGGCAUUUAUAUGUUCAACUUAAUGACAAAGAUUUUGCUGAUAAAGCUGCAGAAUGGAUCCCCAAAGUUGACUCUACUUAUUCAGUGCUUGACACAGAUUCUUGGUACAAGGCUGUACUUCAGGAAAUACCUAAUACGGCAUCGAUUGAAGACUUGAAAGAAACUCUCUACAAUUUUAAUGAUUACCAUAUUGUUUUGAAUACCGAACCCAAAAUCAUUAGCAGAAACCAAUUUACCCAAACAGCAUUGGUUUCAUUCAGAAAUGCCCAAGACUAUGCAAAGUGUGCUGAUAAUCUUAUUAUCCAGUACACAAAAGUUAAAGUUAGACCUUUUAUUAGCAGGAAAAAAACUCCUGAAGAACUCCAAGCUAUGCGUAAUAAGAUACGAUUAUUGAAAAAUGAAUCAGACAAAAAGGAUAAUGAGGCCCAUCCUGUUUCCACUGACGACUCACAAGAUGAACCGAUGAAAGAAACAAAUAUUGAAGAACUAGAUGAAUCCAAUGAGGAAGAAAACGAAAACAAUUCUAUUACAUCCAAUGAAUUAUAA